GAGAAGGCUGCUGAGAAGAAGGCUGCUGAGAAGGCUGCUGAGAAGGCUGCAGGGCUCAUUCCAAUCAGCCAUUGGAUAAUGCAUAUCCUUCCCCCUCUGGAGAGAGAAGAUGGCACCAUGAGCAACGUCACCGUCAACGUCACCGUCACCGACAACGCAGCCGAGCCCAUCAGCAGAACCAUGUCUCCAGCCACGCCCUACACAUACCCUUACCCCAUCUCCUUCCAGGUGUCCCUGACCGGCUUCCUGAUGCUGGAGAUCAUGCUGGGCCUGAGCUCCAACCUUACCGUGCUGGCCCUGUACUGCAUGAAGUCCAACCUGAUCUCCUCAGUCUCCAACAUCGUCACCAUGAACCUCCACGUCCUGGAUGUGUUAGUGUGUGUCUGCUGUAUCCCCCUGACCAUGGUGGUGUUGUUGUUGUCUCUGGAGGGGGAUACAGCCUUGGUUUGUUGCUUCCACGAGGCCUGUGUGUCGUUCGCUAGUGUCGGCACGGCAGCCAACGUCCUCGCCAUCACCCUGGACCGGUACGACAUCUCUGUGAAACCGGCGAACAGAGUCCUAACGAUGGGCCGCGCCCUGGCUCUGCUGGCCACCAUUUGGGUGCUGUCGUUCCUCAGUUUCCUGGUGCCUUUCAUCGAGGUGGGGUUCUUCGCCCCAGGCCAGGCGGAGCUCAACCAGACUCUAGUGGCUGUAGCCAACACCAACCAGUACUACACAGAGUUAGGACUUUACUACCACCUGCUGGCCCAGAUCCCCAUCUUCUUCUUCACGGCUGUUGUGAUGCUCAUCACCUACUCCAAGAUCCUCCAGGCACUCAACAUCCGCAUCGGGACACGCUUUCACACGGCGUCGCAGAAGAAGAAGGCCAGAAGGAAAAAACGUCCCUCCAUGACGGCUAUGACGUCACAGGCGACGGACGGGGCCAUGGACCCGUCCGAACUCAGCGGCCGUGCUCUCCCCACGAUGGGCAUGCGGACCUCCGUCUCCCUCAUCAUUGCGUUGAGACGGGCGGUUAAACGCCACCGGGAGCGACGAGAACGCCAGAAGCGCGUCUUCAGGAUGUCGCUGCUCAUCGUGUCGACCUUCCUGCUCUGCUGGACUCCCAUAACCGCCCUCAACACGGUCAUCUUGACCGUAGGCCCCAGCAACUUCACGGUCAAGCUGCGGUUGGGCUUCCUGGUCAUGGCGUACGGGACGACCAUCUUCCAUCCGCUUCUCUACGCCUUCACCAGGCAGAAGUUCCAGAAGGUUCUGAAGAGUAAGAUGAAGAAGAGGGUGGUGAGCAUCAUAGAAGCCGACCCGCUGCCCAACAACACGGUCGUACGUAAUUCCUGGAUUGACCCCAAAAGGAACAAGAAGGUCACCAUCAACGAGGACGCCGAGGCCAGGCAAAAAUGUCUGCAGUCUUCAGAGGAUGCUGUGGAAUGACUGAGUGAAUACUUAGCGACCUUGUCAAGAGGUCCGGAUCUCAGGGGUUUGUCUGCAUAGAAAAGUAUUGGGCGGGCCGCGUAAGUGUUUUUUCAGACCGUCUAUAUCCAAACAAAUAAUCUUCGGGAUGGAAAAAUGUUUUCAGUGUAAACUUAAAUGAGUUAAACCAGAUACAAAGUACGUAGAAAAGAUAAUAGACCUAUAUAUUUUUUAAAUAAGAUCAUCUUUGAGAACUAACAAUCACUAAAAUAAAAACUAGAAAGUCAGGGAGAAUCAAAAAUUCCAAAAAUGAUGCAUUCAGGAGUAUUUUUGUCAUGGCAUGGGGCCCCCAUUGAUUUUGUUAUAAUGUUUGAGUCACUCAGAUAGCAUAAGCCAUGGCAGAAUGUGUAGAAUUGCAGGAAAUGUGAUGUAAAACUGCACAUUUUAUCUCUGCCAAAAUGUGUAAAAUGGCCAUGCCCCCACCAUGCCCCCACCAUGCCCACCACCUAAGCCCCAUUUUGAUCCAGAAAGAAAACUGGAUCUCUUGGCGUAAUGGCUAAGGUGUUGGGUUGACAGUCGCUGGACCUGGGUUUAAGUCCUGGACAAUGAGACCAGACAGAAAUGUCUUCAGAGGAUGCUGUGGAAUGAAUCAUAGAAUCUAGUCAUUCUAUUUCUGUGGAAUGAAUGAACUGCUUAAGGGCAAGACAACACAAUAAGGAACGUUGACAGUGUGCAGUAGAUCACCUGCUGGGUGUCGACGGAUGGUGGGGAUUCAACAUGUAGGAUUGUCAGAAAACGAACUGAAAAGGAGGGCUGAUGUUCUGUGGUCAGAGGAGAUAGGAAGGCCAAACGCUGCUUUCAACCGUUCAUCGGCACGGUCUGUUUUGUCCUCUAGUGCAAUCUUUUACACUCAAAACAGUGGAGGCUGGUGGAGGGAGAAAUUGGAGGACAGGUUCAUUGUAAUGGCUGAAAUUGAAUAAAUGGAAGGGUAUCAAACACAUCAAACAAAUGGCUUGCAUGUGCAAAAUGACACCAGCUGCCACUGAUUCGAAGAAAGGACACAUUAUUAGGUUCAUCAGGUUGGGAUAAAAACAAGGGAAACACAUUCCAAAGCAGCAAUGUAAAUAUACAGGUAGCUGCCAAGAUAAAGGAAACACCAACAUAAAGAGUCUUAACAGGGCGUUGGGCCACCACAAGCCAGAACAGCUUCCAUGCACCUUGGCAUAGAUUCUACAAGUGUCUGGAAGUCUAUUGGAGGGAUGCAACAACAUUCUUCCACGGGAAAUUCCAUAGUUCUGUGUUUUGUUGAUGGUGGUGGAAAACGCUGUCUCAGGCAACGCUCCAGAGUCUCGCAUAAAUGUUCAAUUGGGUUGAGAUCUGGGGACUGAGACGCACACACACACACACACACACACACACACACACACACA